ACUUCUCCUAUAGUUGGUUGGAAAUCAUCAUAAUAGAGAAAGAAGGCAAGAGAAUGGAGGGGAUCCAGAUAUUUUUGAUUAUUCUGCUUGUGAUUCUUCUGAUUGUCUACUUUCUGAAACAGCAGUGGUCACGCCGACAUUUUCCACCUGGGCCUCUUGCGCUUCCUCUCAUUGGAAGCAUAUGGAAAUGUAACUUUGGAAUUGGAUAUAAUUUAGAUACACCAAUAAAGCUGGCAGAACAACAUGGAGACAUUUUUACUUUGUGGAUAGGACAUAUGCCAGUUGUGUUUUUGUCUGGAUUCGAAGCUGUGAAAGAAGUGUUGAUCGAUCAUUCGGAAGAAUUCUCAGAGCGGCCACAGACUCCGCUUCUUGUAACUGUAGGAAAAGGAAAAGGUAUUGCAUUUUCAAAUGGACACACCUGGGAGCAGCAGAGGCGGUUUGGCCUAGUUACACUGCGGAAACUGGGAGUGGGGAAAAAAAGCAUGGAGGGCCAAAUAGAAGAGGAAUCUCGACAGCUUGUAGAGGUUUUUGCACGUGAAAAAGGGCAGCCAUUUGAUCCUGCAUUGCCCAUCAUGAAUUCAGUCUCCAAUGUGAUAUGUGCCAUGACUUUUGGAUACCGGUUUCCCCUUGAAGAUGAAACUUUCAAGAAACUGAUUGAUGCCAUUACACAUUGUUUAAAAUUUACAGGAAGUCUCUUUUAUUUCCUAUAUGAAAUGUUCCCGUGGCUCAUGAAGCAUCUUCCAGGGCCUCACAAUGAGGCAUUUCGUGCCAUAGAGACGGUAUUUUCAUUAGCAAAGAAAGAAAUAGAUAAACAUAAGGAGCAAAAGUCCUUUCAGGAGUCACGGGAUUUCAUUGAUUUUUACCUGCUUGAAAUAGAGAAACAUCAGAGGAGGAAUGACCCUACUUCAACAUACGAUGAAGAGAAUCUGGUUCAGGAUAUCCGUGACUUGUUUUUUGCUGGAACAGAAGCAACUACAAUUUCUCUGAAAUGGGCAAUCCUCCUUCUGGCAAAUCAUCCAGAUAUUCAAGAUAAAGUCUACAAGGAAAUAGAAGAUGUUUUGAGUUCCUCUUUUUUCUGCUAUCAAGAUCUAAAGAAGCUCCCAUAUACAAAUGCUGUGCUUCAUGAGAUCGUGCGUUCAAAAUAUCCCUCCCUAUUUGGAGUCCCAAGACAAACUGCCACAGAUGUGAAGAUAAGAGGUUUUCUCAUCCCUAAGGGGACAACCAUUAUUCCAGAUGUACGCUCUGCUCUUCUUGAUUCUAAGUACUGGGAGUCUCCUAAAGAGUUCAAUCCAAAACAUUUUUUGGACCAGGAUGGAUAUUUUGUUGCUAGAGAAGAGUAUCUGGCAUUUGGUGCAGGGGCUCGGGUGUGUUUGGGGGAGCAUCUGGCGAGGAUGGAGUUCUUCAUCGUCUUGGUCAACCUGCUGAGGGCCUUCCAUUUCCAGCUGCCUCCAGGAGUCAAAGAACUCAAUGAAGAUCCUGAAGUAGGAUUCAUAACACCACCCCAUCCUUAUAAAGUGUGUGCUGUUCCUCGCUGUAGUUCAUCACAAAACAUACAAAAAUAAUUACAACGGUAUAUACUUUAUUG